AAAAUGGUUCUCUUUUCAGAUUUCUUUGAAUGGAGAUCAUCUUUUUGAUUAUAGUCACAGACUUUCUCCAGACACAGUCAAGACCUUAGUAAUAAUGGGCUGUGUUCUUCUGAACAGCGUUGAGAUACAAGCAGAAGCGUCUGGAUUCCAUCAUCUUUAUUUUCAAGAUAAACAAAUCCCAAAGUCUCUUCCACUCCUGACCCCAUUUCUGGUUGGCAUCAAAGAGGACACCGUGGUUAGGAUUCGUGGCACUGUCCUGCCAGCGACUAAAAGCUUUUCCAUCGAUAUUCAAUGUGGUGAUAAGGAGAAUGAUGACAUCGCCUUCCAUCUCAAUAUAUUUAUUAGUACUGGACAUGUUUCCUGCAAUACAAUGGAAAAGGAAAUCUGGGGGAAUGAAGAACUCAAAGAAGAGAUGCCAUUCAAAAAGGGACAAGACUUUGAAGUCCGGAUCCUAUUCGCAAGCCAAGAAUACAAAGUUUCUGUGGAUAGAAAUCGAUUUUUGGAAUAUGGUCACAGAAUUCCUGUGGAGCGGGUCAACACUCUAGCAGUACAUGGCCGUAUUACUGUAAAUACUGUGGAGAUCCAAUCACAAGGGGGUGAAUUCCCUUAAAACCUCUCAAAACUGCUGACAGCUCUAUAUAGGUGACUGGAGAUAAGUGUAAUCAUACCUGGGUCAUCCAUCUUUUAUUAACCCUCCCACCGUGAUUGCAAGUGUCCUGGAGGUGGUCCCUGGCUUCUCCCCACUCAACCGUUCCCCAAUCUUCCUCUCUGCUCUGAAUGGCGUUCUCCUAAUUGGCCACUAAAGCCUCAUUUUGCUGUGUUGAUGCAAGAAAAAAAAUAAUAAAAAAAUAAAAUAAAAUAUUUGUUCCAAAA